AUGAGGAUCGCCUCCAAGCGCCUCGGCAAGGAGCUCGCAGAGCUUCGUACAAAGGGCACCCCCACCGGCGUCGAAAUCAUUCAGGACGACGACCUGCAAGAGUGGAAGUUUUCUCUCCGCGUCCUCGGCGACAGCCUCUACCACGACCAGGUCUUCGCCCUCCGCUUCCGUUUCUCGGACCAGUACCCGCUCGAGAGCCCAGAAGUCGUCUUCAUCACCACAGACGGCUACAAGGCCCCCGUCCACCCGCACAUCUACAGCAACGGCCACAUCUGCGCCUCAAUCCUCGGCAACGAGUGGUCACCCGUCCUCAACGUCAGCUCCGUCCUCCUCACCCUCCAGAGCAUGCUGGCCAGCUGCAAGAAGCUCGAAGUGCCUCCGGACAACGAAAGCUAUUGCAAGAGAGCGCCCAAGUCGCCCAAGGACAGCCGCUUCGUGUAUCACGACGACUCUGUCUAG